AUGAUACAACCCAAACGGAGACUCCAACCUCCCGGUUUUCAGACCACAACAGAGCUGGAGACGGAGGAAGACCGCAUCCGUAAGCUUAAAGGCAAAGCGAUCGAAUCAGAUGCUUCAAGGGCAGAAGAGAAACGACUCAAAGAUUUAGCUCUGGGACGAAAGUUGGGAAGUUUAUCUAUCCACGAGCAGGACACGAGUGCAAAUCGAAACCCCAGUGGGGCAGCUAACAGUGCUCGUGAUCCCUCCCCACGACAGAUAGCUUCUGUCACACAUCAUGUAAAGGAAAUUUGCCACCAGGAGAAUAACAUGGAGACAGAAGAUGGUGAAUACACGGAAGCAGAGAUGGAUGCGAUGUUGAAUGAGAUAAGAGAUCCAGAGAUGGAUGACACAAUGUUUGACAAUGAUGAUCUUCUGGACGAGGAGAUUGAGCCAGGAGAAGAACAGAUAGAGGCUAUCUCUCAAUUAUUUUCAGGUGUAAACACAACUAGGGCCAGAGAAGUGGAAGCAAUUCAGCCCAAAACGCAGAAGCCUCCAAUCUCAACAAAGGCUCGGAGCGCUACGAAACCUACUACAAAGGGCUCACUCGCAUCCAAAAAGCUUCUCUGGAUCAAACCUUCCCCGAAGAAGAAACAAGCGACAGGAAAAUAUGGUAGUAAGUUGGCCACUUCGCACAUCGUCCCUCGAACUGAGGUGUAUCCGUCUUCCACAAGGAAGAAAACUACUACUCUCUCCGCUUUUGGUUAUGACAAAUUGUUAACCGUGGAGCCAGAGGGGCGAAGCGGUGGACUAGCGCUUUACUAUUUUGACUCUUUCUCUGUUACAAUUUUAUUCUCCUCGGAUAGGAUGAUUGAUAUUACUGCAGUGAUCGAAGGAGAGAUAGUCUUUAUGACAUUUGUAUAUGGAGAUCCGGUUACAGAGAGACGUGGUAGCGUGUGGGACAAGCUCUUGGAGAUUAGCAGUCAAAGACAAGGUCCUUGGUUCAUGAUUGGCGACUUUAACGACAUCACUGGAAACCACAAAAAACGGGGCGGAAGAAGGAGAUCAGAAACAUCUUUCUUAGGGUUUCGUCGUAUGCUGGAUGAUUGUGGUAUGAUAGACUUCUCCUUCACAGGUAAUCCUUUGUCGUGGGUGGGUUAUCGUUCAUCCGGAAAAGUCUAG